AUGGGAGAAAUUUCGGGUUGUCACAGGUGGCGACUGCAACCCACUUCCAUCCGUUACCGAUUGAAUGGCAACAUUACGCGAUGGUCUCCGUCUUCAGCAGCACCGGAGAGACACAACGAAGGCUCGGUGGUUGGAGGAGCAAGGGAGAAUGGGUGGCGACCAAUGGUUGGGAGGCAUAAAGGGGGUGCGAGUGACGGCUGCAUCAUAAGGGGCUUAGGGUUAGGGUUUGAUGGACCCCUACAGGUGGCUAUGGCAAGUUCAACGGCGUUGAAUUUGGAGGAUUUUCAGUCGGUAGAUCUAAUGACGGAGCUGCUUCGUCGUAUGAAAUGCUCUACCAAACCUGACAAACGCCUCAUUCUCGUCGGACCCCCUGGAUCUGGUAAAGGCACCCAGUCACCAAUAAUCAAGGAUGAAUACUGUCUAUGCCACCUGGCAACAGGUGAUAUGCUAAGAGCUGCUGUUGCUGCAAAAACCCCUCUUGGAAUCAAAGCAAAAGAGGCUAUGGACAAUGGACAACUGGUUUCUGAUGACUUAGUAGUUGGGAUAAUUGAUGAAGCUAUCAACAAACCUUCAUGUCAAAAAGGUUUCAUUCUUGAUGGAUUCCCAAGAACAGUGGUCCAGGCAGAAAAGCUUGAUGAGAUGCUUGAAAGUAGAGGGGUGAAAGUUGACAAAGUGCUAAACUUUGCAAUAGAUGAUGCAAUCUUAGAGGAGAGGAUUACUGGCCGUUGGAUCCAUCCUUCAAGUGGUCGGAGUUAUCACUCAAAAUUUGCACCCCCUAAAGUUCCUGGCGUAGAUGAUGUGACUGGAGAGCCUUUGAUUCAACGGAAAGACGACACAGCAGCUGUGCUAAAGUCAAGACUCGAAGCAUUCCAUAAACAGACUGAGCCAGUUAUUGAUUAUUACAAGAAGAAAAACAUUGUUGCAAACCUUCACGCAGAAAAACAUCCACAAGAUGUUACAGCUGAGGUCCAGAAAGUGCUCUCAUGAGAUGAUAUAUGCACAAUUCCUUUUUUUUUUUAGUAUUUGUACGAAUGUGGUUUUGGAUUUGAGUCCUUUUCCUUUUUUGUCUAUCACUUUUUUUUUCGGACUAAUCUAUGUAUUACGAGAGCAAUUAUAUGUAGGAACAAAUAAAAUACAAAUACACAUCUAGACUUCAUAGAAUAGUUGAUUUAGAGUUCAAACGUUGGAGUUCAAACGUUAAUUUUUUUUUUGGAUUUCAUACUUCGCUACAAAUAAUAAGCACAUGAUUGAUCCAUAAACUUUUUUAUUUAACAUAUAUAACACGAGUUCCUGGUGCUUGAAAUUAACACAUUUGUAAGAUGACCAGUUCCGUUUGUUAAAUUAAGGAGGUUUGAUCAUCAACGUAGAUUUAACCUUAGCAUCUUUGGGGAUCCAAGUCAAGCUUGUACACAAAUUUUUUUUGAUAAAAACCAUGGCAAUUUAUUUUCCUUUGGACUUUUCAGGUAAAAAGAGGAAACCUUUGAAAAUUUGAACUUAUAAGAUUGGUUGGAGCUCCUCAAGAAGAAGAGACUCUCCAAAAAUAGGCGUAUGCCACUAUAGGCAGCGCGCACACGGUAUUCUUUAGUAAAAGGCGAAAGAAUAGUUCGCUUUGUGCUCACUGCAUGGC